UUCCUCAGUGAGUUCAGUCGCGCUCUCCCAUCGGGACAACUAGUCAGUUGGCGGUCUAGUUGACGGGUCUUCUAUACUCUCUGUGCUUUUCGUCGCUAUUUUCGCGUGACAAUACGACACUUUCGUUAAACUUCGAAAUUUAAAUACCUUCGUGAUAAAUGUUCAUUGCAAUAAAAAAAUAGCGACGCAAAUUAAUUUUUUUUUUUUUUUAAGCUAAUUAUUUACAAAUUUAUAAUCGGUUAAAAAUUGACGGGCGGUACACAAGUUGUCAGACACGUCGUAUAGGACGGUGGGCCCGGAAGGCAUCACGGUGGUGUCCACGGAAGAAGACGGACGGACGGUGGCCGGCGUCGGCUACUGGGCGGGCGGCGCGACCGGCGGCGAUGCAGACGCCGUGGUCGCGGCACCAUGGCAGUCCACGUUGGGUACAUUGGGUGGCGGUAACGGUGCCGGUGGCGGCGGAAGUGGAGGUGGUGGUGAUCUAGAUCCCGUGGCCGCGUGGGGCCGUAAGCUGUACCCGGCGCCGGGUAACCAUCACCGGAAUGCCGCUGCGGCCGGUCUGAUGUUCGGCUUGCACCACCACCAUCAGGACUCUGGAUCGCCAGGUUUGUCUGGUUUACACCAUCACCAUCAUCACCACCAUCAUCAUCAAGUCCGCGGGCCCGUUACCGGACUCAAAGAAGAACCGCUUUCCAAUUCUCAGCUAUCCGUUCCGAGAUCUUGGAUGCAACCGUCCAUUAUAGACCAAAGCAGCAUUGGCGUAUCCAGAGCACAUUUUGAAAAACAACCUCCGAGCAAUCUGAGGAAAUCCAAUUUCUUUCAUUUUGUGAUUGCGCUAUACGACAGGUCUCAACAGCCGAUCGAAAUCGAACGGACCGCAUUCAUAGGAUUCAUCGAAAAGGAUCAAGAAUCCGAAUCACAAAAGACUAACAAUGGUAUUCAGUACAGACUACAACUGCUGUACGCAAAUGGUGUACGGCAAGAGCAAGACAUCUACGUUAGACUUAUUGACACCGUUACCAAGCAGGCUAUAAUUUACGAGGGCCAAGACAAAAAUCCAGAAAUGUGUCGGGUUUUGCUUACUCACGAAGUCAUGUGCAGUCGAUGCUGUGAUAAGAAAAGUUGUGGUAACAGAAAUGAAACGCCGUCCGAUCCAGUUAUCAUCGACAGAUUUUUCUUAAAGUUUUUUCUCAAAUGUAACCAAAACUGUUUGAAAAACGCAGGCAAUCCUCGUGACAUGCGCCGGUUUCAAGUCGUCAUUUCCACUCAGGUGACUGUAGAAGGUCCAUUAUUAGCUGUAUCGGACAACAUGUUCGUACACAACAACUCUAAACAUGGUCGCCGUGCAAAACGUCUGGAUCCCAAUGACGGCAUGUUUUCUCCGUUACCAGUAGCCACGCCAUGUAUUAAACAUAUAACACCUAGUGAGGGAUGGACGCAUGGUGGUGCGUCAGUGACUAUACUAGGUGACAACUUUUUUGAUGGUUUACAAGUUGUUUUUGGCAGUAAUUUAGUAUGGAGUGAGUUACUAACGCCACAUGCAAUUCAAGUACAAACUCCACCCAGGCCUAUUCCAGGCAUAGUAGAGGUAACACUUUCUUAUAAAUCUAAACAAUUCUGUAAAGGAUCUCCUGGGCGUUUUGCCUACAUAUCUUUGAGUGAACCGACUAUCGAUUACGGUUUUCAGCGACUGCAAAAAUUUGUGCCUCGAUAUCCUGGAGACCCCGAAAAGCUGCCUAAAGAAGUCAUUCUCAAACGGGCAGCAGAUUUAGCUGAAGCGCUAUACACGAUGCCCAGAAACAAUCAGUUGUCACUAUCGUUACCAAGAUCUCCAGGACCACGUGAUCGCGGAGCCGAUAAUAACACAUCGUCAAUGGCCUCAGCAUCAUCUGGUACCGGGUUCAAUCCAUACACAGGACAGUUAGCAGUCACAGUACAUGACCACGGUACGGCCAGUCAAUGGAAUGAUGAAGACUAUGGUCGUGGUCAAAGUAGCAGCGUAUCACCCAGAGGCGGGGGAUACGGUUCGAGUGCAUCAACUCCACACUCGACCAACGGUACCAAUGGUGGUAGCUCGUACAUAAAUCCCCCUACUACUGUUGGUGGUGGAACAAGUGGAGGCAAUGGAAAUAAUAUUAUUAAUAACGGAGGAAAUCAAUCCAAUUCGGCAGGAUCUGGUUCAGGAAAUGGUGCCAGUAAUGCCGGUUACAACGGAGGGUCCAGUAAUGCAUCAACCGUCCAACUUACCAACAUGAACUCUCCUACACCUACUUCACACCCAUCGCUAUUCAAUUCCUCAUCAAGAAUGGGUACUUUAGUGACAUCGCCUUUUGCAAUGAACCCGUUUGCCCUACCGAAUUGCAACGGGCAACCAUACGCGACAGGUCCUCUUAUAAGCUCUUCAGCAAAAUAAACGAUCAUCUUAUAAAAAAGUUAAACAAAUCUGUCUCAAAAUUACUCCAGUACCAAUCGUGAAAUUUUCGAGUUAUAUCAAAAAUUUGUAGGUCGAUAAUACAAAACGUCACUACCAUAAAUGUUUUGUAAGAGUUUUAUCAUACAUUAUUUUUUUGGAAUACAUGUAUCUUAUUAUGUAAUAUAUAAUCCUAUUUAAGUAUCUUGAACUUUCUUUCAUAUUUUAUCUAUUUAUUUCUAUUCUUAAACGUUGUUGUUUUUUAAUUUAAUUGAACGUGUUAUUUAAAAUACUACUGACUAGUAUUCAUAAAAUAAUUAUAGUAUCAGCAAAAGCGUGAUAUCAAUAGAUAAAUUUAAAAAUUUUUAUCAACAAAGUAAAGUUAAAAUUAGUCUUAUUUAUUUUUAUAUUUUAACUUAAACUUAAAAAAAAUAUUUAAUUCAUAAAUUUAACUAAUUUUUUAACUAACAUUUCAUUUUUUUACUUUCACACAUUUUUUUUUAUGUUAAAUCAAUUAAACCUGUUUUCAUUACUAUUUACUUAUACUUUUUAUGAGUGUAAUCUAAAUAGUAAUGAUUAGAGCAAUUACAUAUCAUAUGAGCUUUGUCUGCUCUUGAUUAUAUAUUUUGUACAUACCGUUGUUACUAUUUUUUUUAGUGUAUAUAGAAAUUAUACUUAAGUAUUAAUUUAUAAAUAUAUAUAUUAUCUUCUAGCUCUGUAAGUAGUACCGCUUAGGCUAUAGACUGCCGUAUUUUGGUUGUAUAAAAAUACUGUUUAAAUGUAAAUAUUUUCUCUUAGUAUCAUAAACACAAAAUAAUCUUUAAAUGUUCGUUCAAAAUAUUAUUACAAUAUAACAUUUUUUUUUA